UCCACACACACACACACACACACACACACACACAUGCAUUCAGUCUGCCGCUCUCACAGAUACCAUUAGCACGGCUCUGGUGGAAAUAGAACGAUAUAGAAAGAGAGAGAAGGCUAAAAAGAAAAACAAAGAGGGGAAAAGGUGGAAUUAAGAACAGAAACACCAAACUAUUCCUCAGACUACAGAAUGCAUCAGCAGUGGGUCUGUGUGGCUUUGCUCGCCCUCCUGACUGUCACAACGACACUGGCAGAUGGUGGGAAAACAGAGAAACAAGGAAAGAAAGAGCGUAAAUCUGACUGUGGCGAGUGGCAGUGGAGUGUGUGUGUGGCUAACGAGGGUGACUGUGGGCUGGGCACCAGAGAGGGCACUCGCACCGGCACCGACUGCAAGCAGACCAUCAAAACACAGCGCUGCAAGAUCCCCUGCAACUGGAAAAAGCAGUUUGGAGGAGAGUGUAAGUAUGAUUUCCAGGCGUGGGGGGAGUGUGAUUCGACCUCGGGAAUGAAGACGCGCACCGGUGUGCUAAAGCGAGCGCUGAUGGAUGCUAACUGUCCAAACUCCGUUAGCGCCACCAAACCCUGCGGCAAACCCAAGACCAAGAUACAAGAUUCACAGAAACCAAAACGGGACGGAAAGAAGAAGGAGCGAACCCCGGCGGACUAAAGAAGCUCCUCGGCACAGACUCAGAUGUGAUGACCUCUAACACUAU